AUGAUUAAAUCUAUAAGCAGAAAACAAUUCACCAAUUUUUCAAGUAAUAAUAGAAAAAUUAAUUAUUUGCGUAAUUUCUCUGCAUCAAGAUUUUCUUUUGCUGAUAACAAUAUUUCAUCAUCAUCAUCACUCCGAGGAAAAUUACUAACUGAUCAUUUCAAAAUUAUUCCCUCCGUAUCGGAUGGCAAUUGUCUCUAUGAUAGUCUUUCGAAAGGAAUUAAUAAUGGAAAGAAUCAUCAAAAAUUGAGAGAGGAAAUUGUUGGUUGGAUGCGAAAUAAUUUGGAAACUAAAAUUGAUGGAUUAGAGUUGAAACAUGCUCUAUUUGUUGAGGAAGGACAAAGUUUUGAUGAAUAUUUGAAUAGUUUGAGUAAGAGUGGAACUUUUGGUGAUUUUACAAGUGUUGUGGCAGCUAGUAGAGUGUAUCCGAAUGUUGCCUUUAGAAUUUUGAUUGUCUCUGGGAAGAUUAUUCAAUCUGAAGUGAUUGAAGUCAAUCCAGAACAUGUGAAAAAUGUGAAUAAGGAAGUUUGGUUAUCCUACGAUGAAAAGAAACAACAUUAUGAUCUGAUUCAAAGUCUUGAAUAA